UCCAUGUCUCACCAUUUAAUGAUUUCUCUGUCGUUAUCUUUACCAUCAAAAUAUAUUCCUACAAAUUUUAUAAGCAAAAUUCACUUGCAUGCUCAGCUGUGCAUAUGCAUUGCCAUCUAUAAUCUAUUAACUGCUUCUUAACUUUAUUGGUUGGCAUUUGGUAACCAAGAAAUCAAGAACCCCCCAUGGCCAUGGAGAAGCAGAGAAGUUUCUCUAUCAAACCCACUAGACUCUUCAUCUUUUCCUCCACCGUCUCCUUCUCUCUAAUCUUUCUCAUCUUCUUCUCCGUUUGGGUCUUCAAGCUCGCGCCUUUCACUUUAGAAACCCACCUUCAGUUUAAUGGUAGCGCCUCGUCCAGAUUGGGUUUCAGGCCCUUUACUGUUCAGGCAUUGACUGGUUUCACCAAAAACUCGUUCUUGGUGGGUGCCCAUUUUGGCACAGCUCAACAAGAUGCUAUUCGCCUUGCUGAAAUUUCAGGUUUUGGGGAAAUCCAAGGGGAGGGUAGUGAGAAUGGAGUUGCAUUUGGGAAGGUGGAUUUGAAGGGUAAUUUUAAUGCCUUUGAUGCAAAUCUUUCUUCUAUUGGUAGUGGGAAUGGAGAGAUUUUGACUGAUACCAAACUGGUAAAGUCUGGGAUUGUGUCUGAUUUUGAUGUGAAUUCAUCUGAAAAUGUUGAGAAGAAGAAUGGCAGGGUUUGUGAUGUUACAAAAGGGAAAUGGGUGUUUGAUGAGAGCUACCCUUUGUACACCCAUUCUUCUUGCCCUUUUAUUGAUGAAGGUUUCAGCUGUGAAGCUAAUGGAAGAUUGGAUAAGGACUAUUCCAAGUGGAGGUGGCAGCCUCAAGAUUGUGACAUUCCCAGGUUUAAUGCAACAAAUAUGCUGGAGUUAAUUAGAAGGAAAAGGUUAGUGUUUGUUGGGGAUUCAAUAGGGAGGAACCAGUGGGAAUCCAUGUUGUGCUUGUUGAUGGGAGCCAUCAAAGAUCCAAGCAAGGUUUUUGAAACUCGUGGGAGGAGGAUAACUAAAGGGAAAGGGAAUUAUAGCUUCAAAUUCGUGGACUAUGAAUGCACUGUUGAGUUUUAUGUGACGCAUUUUUUGGUUCACGAGAGUAAGGCAAGGGUAGGCAAGAAACGGGUGCAGACCUUGCGAAUUGAUGCCGUUGAUAAAGGGUCAUCUAGAUGGAGAGGUGCUGAUAUUCUGGUCUUCAACACUGCUCAUUGGUGGUCACACCACAAAACAAAAGCAGGCAUCAAUUAUUAUCAGGAAGGGGAUCUAGUUCACCCACGUCUUGAUGGUUCAACAGCUUUCCAAAAAGCUUUGUCGACUUGGGCAUCUUGGGUUGAAAGAUACAUCAAUCCUAGGAAAACACGCGUUUUCUUUAGAAGUUCUGCGCCCUCUCAUUUCAGUGGAGGUCAAUGGAACACCGGCGGUCAUUGCAGAGAGGCUUCUCAACCCCUUAACGAGAAUUUCAGCACCAGUUAUCCCAAGAAGAAUAUGAUUGUUGAGCAGAUUGUACAGAAGAUGAAAACUCCGGUAACCAUCCUAAACAUUACUGGUUUAUCGGGUUAUAGGAUAGAUGGUCACCCGUCUAUAUAUGGAAGAAAACCGGGCACUUCUGGUGUCCAAGAUUGCAGCCAUUGGUGUCUACCCGGGGUCCCUGAUACUUGGAAUGAAAUGUUGUAUUAUCAUAUGAAACUAAUGCACAAGAAGAGAGCGAUUGAUUGAACUGCUUAUCUUCACAACUACAAUUCUUUCAUUUCUUUUUGCCAGUUUGUGCAAAUUGCAGCAGGUGUAAAGUAUAGAAAAAAAAUUUAAAGGGCAAAUUAAUGACUGCAUGGUUGAAAUGAUUCAUUUGCCA